UCAUGGGCAGAGGUUACGGCCAAAUUCAAGGGAAUAUUGAAGAAAUGGGAACCACGGUAUCUAACGUUACGGGGGAAAAUGACGGUGAUCGGGAGUCUGGUGGCUUCGACGCUUUGGCAUGUGGUAAAGAUAUACCCGCUAACGUGUGAAUGUAUUGACUCGCUACAAUCAGAAAUUUGGAAAUUCGUUUGGUCAAAGAAACCGGAGUGGGUGCGUCGGGAAACGUGUAUGUCAGACUAUCUGAAUGGGGGUCUGCGAAUUAUUAAUCUUGACAUCAAAAGCAAAGCAUUGUUGAUUGGUCGUGUUUUCCGAUUUUUUGAGGAGAGUGAGGCACCUUGGAAAGAUUUCAUGCGUUAUUACAUCGGACGGUCUUUAGGCAUAAACGAUAACUCGAGACCAAAUAGCGACAUUCCAACUCCGUUUUAUAGUCAUCUUCUUCGUGUUCUGAGAGAAUUUGCUGUUGAUUUGGGACAACCUUGCACGAGUAAAAUGUAUUAUUUAAACCGUAUUGAAGAUUGUGUUACCCCGGUACAAGCAAGAAGCGAGUUAGCUUGGAAUCAAAGAUUUGGUCCUGGUUUAAUCUGGAAAGAGAUUUGGACAGAUGUCGCUCGAAGUUUCAAUGAUCCAGUGUUACGUGAUUUUGAUUGGCGCGCGGUACAUCGGGUUUUGCCUGUCAAUUUCAGAGUGCAUAAAUGGUAUUCAAGAAUAUCCUCAGCAUGUGCACGGUGUGGUGAAAGAAUCGAAACAUUGGAACACACGUUGAUUCAUUGUCCGAUGGUAAAGGAGCUGUGGAUGUUUAUUCUGAAACUGUGCAAUCAAAUUGAUGCAUCGGUUAUUGGUCUGUCAGAACGGAAUAUGUUGUUGGGUUGUUUCCCGCGAACAAGAACAAGAGACCUUUUGCGUUACUUAAUUAGUGUUGGCAAAUUUUCCGCGUGGAAAGAGCGCGUGUCAUAUCAGUUUAGGAAGGAUGAGAAAAUCAACAGUCUUGUAUAUUUUAGGAAUUAUGUGCGAACUCGAUUAGAAACAGAACAGGGCAUCAUGGGCACGAAAAACUUUGAGUCAAAAUGGUGUUUAAACAAUGUCUUAGCAUGUGUCACAAACGGUAUAAUUCGAACUUUGAUCUAA